CCGAGUGGGCGGAGGACGCGGGCGACGUGCAGGGCGACGAGGAGGAUUCCCGCGACCUGGACCGGGAGUGGUACGAGUCGGAGGGGCUCGAGGGUGGGCACGUGGUCGACUCGUCGCACGAGCCCUUCCUCGGCGACGAGUCCCUCUUCGCUAAGCGGGAGGAGCAGAUGAAGAAGCGCGUCAACCACCGUGCCGCCGCGCGCGCACGCGACGCUGACCGGUGGGAGGAGGACAGGCUGCGCGCGUCGGGGAUGGUGCGGAUGAGGGAGGGGGCGGAGGAGGAGGAGGACGGUGAGCUGCGGACCCACGUGGUGGUGCACGACCUCAAGCCUCCCUUCCUCGACGGCAAGGUCGUCCUCUCCAAGCAGCAGGCCGUCGUGCUGCCCGUGAAGGACCCGACGUCUGACAUGGCGCAGUUCGCCAAGAAGGGGUCGGCGCUGCUGCGCUCGAUGCGCGAGGAGCGGGAGAAGAGGAAGGCGACCCAGGCGAGCCUGCAGGACGGCAAGGCGGGCACUAAGAUCGGGGACCUCAUCGGCAUCAAGGCGCCGGAGAAGGAGGCGGAGCCGACGGGCCGGCAGGAGGACGUGCAGUCGGACUCCUUCUCCAUCAACAAGUACGUUGGCGGCGGCGGCGGCGGCGGCGAGGCUGGCGGCGAGGGCGGCGGCGAGGGUAGCGGCGAGGGCGAGGGCGAGGGCGACGCUGCGGCGAGGGCGAAGAAGGAUGCGCAGUUUGGGGACAUCCUGCAGCUGCAGGCGAACUCGGACUUCAGCCGCAACAAGAGCAUCGCCGAGCAGCGCGCCUUCCUGCCAAUCUAUGGCGUGCGGCAGCAGCUGCUGCACGUCAUCCGCGACAACUCGGUGCUCAUCCUCGUCGGCGAGACGGGCUCCGGCAAGACGACGCAGAUCGCGCAGUACUUGAUGGAGGACGGGUACACCACCUACGGCAUCGUCGGCUGCACCCAGCCUCGCCGCGUCGCCGCCAUGUCGGUCGCUAAGAGAGUCGGCUGCGAGCUCGGGCAGGAGGUCGGCUACUCGAUCCGGUUCGAGGACGUGACCUCAGAGGCGACGGUCCUCAAGUACAUGACGGACGGCGUGCUGCUGCGCGAGUCGCUCACAGAGCCCGACCUCGACAAGUACUCGGCCAUCAUCAUGGACGAGGCGCAUGAGCGCGGGCUCAACACGGACGUCCUCUUUGGCACCGCUGCACGACCGCCCGCCCCUCCGCCCACGGUCGCGCGCCGCCGCGAUCUCAAGCUCAUCGUCACGUCGGCGACGAUGGACGCCAACAAAUUCUCCGAGUUCUUUGGCUCCGUGCCCGUCUUCAAGAUCCCAGGCCGCACCUUCCCGGUCGACAUUCUGUACGCCAAAGUGCCGCAGGAGGACUACCUCGAGGCGGCCAUCAAGCAAGCGAUCCAGAUCCACCUCUCGCAGCCCAAGGGCGACAUCCUCAUCUUUAUGACGGGGCAGGAGGACAUCCUCGCCACCUGCGAGGGCAUCAGCGAGCGGUUGAUCGAGUGCGGGGAAGGAGUGCCGCCCAUCCUGGUGCUGCCCGUCUACUCGCUCCUCCCGUCGGAGCUGCAGGCAAAGAUCUUCGACCCGGCGCCCGACGGCGCCCGCAAGGUCAUCGUGGCGACAAACAUCGCCGAGACAUCCCUCACCGUCGACGGCAUCUACUACGUCAUCGACUCCGGCUUCUGCAAGCUCAAGGUGUACAACUCGCGCAUGGGCAUGGACUCGCUGACGGUGUACCCGACCUCACAGGCCGGCUGCAAUCAGCGCUCCGGCCGCGCCGGCCGCACCGGUCCCGGCCGGUGCUACCGGCUGUACACCGAGUACGCGUACUCGCACGAGCUUCUCGUGCAGACGGUGCCCGAGAUCCAGAGGACCAACCUUGGCAACGUGGUGCUGCUGCUCAAGUCGCUCGGGAUCGACAACCUGCUCACCUUCGACUUCAUGGACCCGCCGCCGCAGGACAACCUCCUCAACUCGAUGUACCACCUUUGGUUCCUCGGCGCGCUCGCCAACACCGGCGAGCUCACGCCGAUGGGCCGCAGGAUGGUUGAGUUCCCGCUCGACCCCACUCUCGCAAAGAUGCUCCUCUUCUCGGAAGACCUCGGCUGCGUCGACGACGUCGCGACCGUCGUCUCGUGCCUCUCGAUGCCCACCAUCUUCUACCGGCCCAAGGAGCGCGAGGCGGAGAGCGACGCAGCGCGCGAAAAGUUCUUUGCGCCCGAGAGCGACCACCUAACGCUGCACAACGUGUACCUGCAGUGGCGGCGGAACAACUACCGCUCCGACUGGUGCAACAAGCACUUCAUCCACGCCAAGGCGAUGCGCAAGGUCAAAGAGGUUCGCGAGCAGAUCCUCGACAUCUGCAAGCAGCUCAAGAUGCGCGUCACCGCCUGCGGCUCCGACGUCGACCAGGUGCGCAAGGCCAUCUGCUCCGCCUACUUCAUGAAUGCGGCAAAGAUGAAGACGAUCGGUGAGUACGUCAACAUGCGCAACGGCAUGCCCUGCCACCUGCACCCCUCCUCCGCCCUCUUCGGCAUGGGCGUGCAGCCCGACUACAUCGUGUACCACGAGCUGGUGAUGACCUCUAAGGAGUACAUGCAGUGCGUCACAGCCGUCGAUCCGGAGUGGCUGGCCGAGCUCGGGCCAAUGUUCUUCUCGAUCAAGCAGCAGGGCGAGACGCGGCUCGAGAAGAAGGCAAAGGCGCGCGCGAACAAGGCCGCGAUGGCGGAGGAGAUGCGCCAGCACGAGGAGCUUAAGGCGGCCAAGGAGGCGGCCGAGGUGCGGCUCGGCACCGGCAGCUCCACUGGCGGAGGCUCCGGGAGGCAUCGAAUCGCCACCCCGGGCGGGCUCUCCUUCUCAGCCGCCGGCUCCUCGAGCAGCAGAAGCGACCGGCCCGGCGGCUCCACGCCCUCGCGCAGAAAGCGUUUCGGCGUCUAGGCAUAAUGCACUGGGGCGCACCAGGCGCAGGCCGCGCAGCGCGGUGGAGGAGAGAGCCAGUCGGAGCUCAGUCCCUGUGUGUCCAGACUAUCCCGUACUGUACUGGCAUGUGUCUGUGCUGUGUAAUUUCAUAACGCGAAGCCAAAGGGUC